AUGAGGCGCGUUGCACUUGCCAGUGCUGCCCUGGCCUUCUGUCUGCCCGCCCAAUGGGUGGCAGGUGCCUCUGCUGCUGUGGCAUGCCUCACGGCUGCGACUGGCCGGCGCCUCGGCGCGUCAGCUCGGCUCGGCGUAGCGAUAGUGGCCAGCGCAACUCGCCUGGACUCAACGCUCAGCCAGGAGCUCCCGCACGCGCUGGCGCGAGGCAUAGCGCAUGCAACGCGCAGCAUUGCUCGCCUCGCCUCGCGCAAAUGCGACCGUCCUUGCAGCCGACAGUCCACCGCCUGCUACAGAAGCACUGCGACGAAUGCGGCACCGGCGACGCAUGGCAGGCUGGUCAUGACGCAGUUAUAG